ACUUAACAGCGUUUACUGAUGUUUUUACCACGUGCAGAUAAGUAAAAAGACUUGUAAUUUAUGGUGAUAACGUGCUAGAGAACUACUGUGAUGGUAGUGGACUGAGUGACAUUUCUGCAGAAAUUCAGUUUGGGAGAAUCAGUUCAGUUUUGGAUGAUGUCUUUCAAUGUCAAGUUGCUCUGGAGGAUGGUAGACAGAAGGGAAACUUAUGUAAAGGCACAAAGUGUAGGAGGUUUCUAAAGUUCAAGAGUGAGGUCUGGCAGAUUUGGGCAUUUUCAGCAUUUUGAAGGCAGAGGAAUGGAUGAGGUCACACUGGAAGAACCUAGAGUGAGAAGCAAGGAGACAAGGAUGUUCUAUCCGGUGUGAGCAGAACUAUCAACAGAGACUUAUAAAAAAGUCAGAAAGGAAGGGAAUAAGGAAAAGUGCUAAAAUAUAUUGAGCAUUUGUUGUGUCCAGUAUUGUCUUAAAUAUGCAUGAAUCCUCACAAUAACUCUUUGAGUCAAUGAUAUGUGUUCUGAAAUUCUGAACCAUGAGUCUGGCACUAAAUGACCUGCUUAUUUGCUGCCGUCAACUAGAACAUGAUAGAGCUACAGAACGAAGGAAAGAAGUUGAGAAAUUUAAGCGUCUGAUUCGGGAUCCUGAAACUGUUCAACAUUUAGACCGACAUUCAGAUUCCAAACAAGGAAAAUAUUUGAACUGGGAUGCUGUUUUUAGAUUUUUACAGAAAUAUAUUCAGAAAGAAACAGAAUGUCUCAGAAUAGCAAAAACAAAUACAUCAACCUCAAAACAAGCCUCCAGGCAGAAAAAGAUGCAAGAAAUCAGCAGCUUGGUCAAAUAUUUCAUCAAAUGUGCAAAUAAAAGAGCACCCAGGCUAAAAUGUCCAGAACUUUUGAAUUAUGUUAUGGAUACAGUGAAAGAGUCAUCUAACGGUCCCAUUUAUGGAGCUGACUGUAGCAACAUAUUGCUAAAGGACAUUCUUUCAGUGAGAAAAUACUGGUGUGAAAUAUCUCAGCAACAGUGGCUAGAAUUGUUCUCUGUAUACUUCAAGCUGUAUCUCAGGCCUUCACAAGAUAUUAAUAGAGUUUUAGUGGCCCGUAUAAUUCAAGCUGUCACCAAAGGAUGUUGUUCACAAACUGAUGGAUUAAAUUCCAAACAUCUGGAGUUUUUUUCGAAGGCUAUUCAACAUGCAAGACAAGAAAAAAGCACUGCAGGUCUAAAUCAUAUCCUGGCAGCACUCAUUAUCUUCCUCAAGACUUUGGCUGUUAAUUUUCGAAUUCGAGUAUGUGAGUUAGGAGAUGAAAUUUUACCCACCUUGCUUUAUAUUUGGGCUCAACAUAGACUUAAUAAUUCCUUAAAAGAAGUAAUCAUUGAAUUAUUUCAACUGCAAAUUUAUAUCCAUCAUCCAAAGGGAGCCAAGACCCAAGAAAAAGGGGCUUAUGAAUCAACAAAAUGGAAAAGUAUCUUAUACAACUUAUAUGACCUAUUAGUAAAUGAGAUAAGUCACAUAGGAAGCAGAGGAAAGUACUCUUCAGGAUCUCGUAAUAUUGCUGUCAAGGAAAACUUGAUUGAAUUGAUGGCAGAUAUUUGUCACCAGGUUUUUAGUGAAGAUAGCAAAUCAUUGGAGAUUACUCAGUCUUAUACUAUCACACAAAGAGAUUUUAAUGAUUACAGUUCACCCUGCAAAAAGAAGAAAAUAGAAUUAGGCUGGGAAGUAAUAAAAGAUAAUCUGCAGAAGUCACAGAAUGAUUUUCAUCUUAUACCUUGGUUACAGAUUGUGACUCAAUUAAUAUCAAAAUAUCCUGCAAGUCUACCUAACAGUGAAAUGUCAUCGUUACUAAUGAUAUUAUGCCAGCUUCUACCCCAACAGCGCCGUGGGGAGCGCACGCCAUAUGUGUUACGCUGCCUUACAGAGGUUGCAUUGUGUCAAGGUGGGAAAUCACACCUAGAAAGCUCACAAAAGUCAGAUUUAUUGAGACUCUGGGCUAAAAUCUGGUCUCUUACCUUUCGUGGUAUAAGUUCUGAACAAAUACAAACUGAAAAUUUUGGCUUGCUUGGAGCCAUAAUUCAAAGCAAUUUAGUUGAGUUUGACAGAGAAUUCUGGAAGUUAUUUACUGGAUCAGCCUGCAAACCCUCAUGUCCUGCAGUCUGCUGCUUGACUUUGGCAUUGACCAUCUAUGUAGUUCCAGAAACAUUAAAAACAGGAAUGGAACAGAAUAUAUGUGAAGUAAAUAGAAGUCUUUCUUUAAAGGAAUUGAUAAUGAAAUGGCUCUUAUCCUGUCAUUUAGAGGAUGACUUAGAAGACAGUACAGUACCUCCAAUUUUGUACAGUAAUUUUCCUCUUCUCUCAUUGGAGAAAAUUCUUGUGAGUCUCACUAUGAAAAACUGUAAAGCUGCAAUGAAUUUUUUUGAAAGUCUGCCAGAAUGUGAACAGCACCAUAAAGAGAAGGAAGAUUCUUCAUUCUCAGAAGUAGAAGAACUAUUUCUCCAGACAACUUUUGACAAGAUGGACUUUUUAACUGUUGGGAAAGAAUGCACUGUAGAAAAGCACCAGUCCAGUGUAGGCCUUUCUGUCCAUCAGAAUCUCAAGGAAUCACUGGAUCGCUAUCUUCUGGGAUUAUCAGAGCAGCUUCUCAAUAACUACACAUCUGAGACUACAAAUUCAGAAACACUUGUCCGAUGUUCAAGUCUUUUGGUGGGUGUCCUUGGCUGCUAUUGUUCUGUGGGUGUAAUAACUGAAGAGGAAGUGUAUAAAUCAGAGUUAUUCCAGAAAGCUAAGUCUCUAAUGCAGUGUGCAGGAGAAAGUAUCACUUUGUUCAAAAAUAAGACAAAUGAGGAAUCUAGAAUUGCUUCAUUGAGAAAUAUGAUGCAUCUAUGUACAAGUUGUUUGUGUAGCUGUACCAAGCACAAUCCACAUAAGAUAGCAUCUGGCUUUUUCCUACGAUUGUUAACAUCAAAGCUAAUGAAUGAUAUUGCAGAUAUUUGUAGAAGUUUAGCAUCCUUUAUCAGAAAGCCACUUGAUUAUGGAGAAAUAGAACCAAUGGAAGAUGAGUCUGAUGAAAAUCUAAUGGAGGUAGAAGAUCAGUCAUCCAUGAGUCAAUUUAGUGAUUAUUCUGCUAGUGUUAGUGAUGUAAAUGAAUCUGGAGAGAGCCAAGUUACUAUUGGUGCCAUGAAUCCUUUAGCUGAAGAACAUCUGUCAAAGCAAGAUUUACUUUUUUUAGACAUGCUCAAGUUCUUGUGUAUGUGUGUAACUACUGCUCAGACCAAUACUGUGUCCUUUCGAGCAGCUGAUAUUCGGAGGAAAUUGUUAAUGUUAACUGAUUCCAGCAUGCUAGACCUGACUAAACCUCUCUACUUACAUAUGUAUUUAGUACUUUUAAGGGAGCUUCCUGGAGAAGACUAUCCCUUGCCAAUGGAAGAUGUUGUUGAACUUCUGAAACCGCUAUCCAAUGUGUGUUCUUUGUAUCGCCGUGACCAAGAUGUUUGUAAAACAAUUUUAAACCACGUCCUUCAUGUAGUGACAAACCUGUGUCACAGUGAUCUGGACGCUGAGAGCACAAGGGACGCUCAAGGCCAGUUUCUGUCAGUGGUUGGAGCAUUUUGGCACUUAACAAAGGAGGGGAAAUUCAUAUUCUCUGUAAGAAUGGCACUAGUAAAAUGCCUGAAAACUUUGCUAGAGGUUGAUCCUUAUUCAAAAUGGGCUAUUCUUAAUGUCACAGGAAAAGACUUCCCUGUAAAUGAAGUGUUUCCACAAUUUCUUGCUGAUAAUCAUCACCAAGUCCGCAUGCUGGCUGCAACAUCUAUCAAUAGAUUAUUUCAAGAUAUGAAACAAGGAUGUUCUUUUAAGUUGUUGAAAGCACUUCCUUUGAAGCUUCAGCAAACAGCCUUUGACAACACAUACUUGAAAGUUCAGGAAGGAAUGAGAGAAAUGUCCCAGAGAGCUGAGAAUGAUGAACUUUUGGAUGAGAUUUAUAAUAGAAAAUCUCUUUUAUUGAUGAUGAUAGCUGUGGUUUUAUGCUGUAGCCCUGUCUGUGAAAAACAGGCUCUGUUUGCUCUGUGUAAGUCUGUGAAAGAGAAUGGAUUAGAACCUCACCUCAUUAAAAAGGUUUUGCAAAAAGUUUCUGAAACUUUUGGAUAUAGACAUUUAGAGGACUUCAUGGCUUCUCAUUUGGAUUAUCUGGUUUUAGAAUGGCUGAAUCUUCAAGAUACUGCAUACAGAUUAUCUUCUUUUCCUUUUAUUUUAUUGAACUACACAAGUGUUGAGGAUUUCUAUAGAUCUUGUUAUAAGGUUUUGAUUCCUCAUCUGGUGAUUAGAAGUCAAUUUGAUGAGGUGAAGUACAUUGCUAAUCAGAUUCAAGAGGAUUGUAAAAGUCUUCUCACAGACUGCUUUCCAAAGAUUCUUGUAAACAUUCUCCCUUACUUUGCCUAUGAGGGUUCUGGAGAGAGUGGGAUGGCGCAGCAAAGAGAGAUUGCUACCAAAGUCUAUGAUAUACUUAAAGAUGAGAACUUAUUGGGAAAACAGAUGGAUCACUUAUUCAUUAGUAAUUUACCAGAGAUUGUGGUGGAGUUGUUGAUGACGUUACACGAACCAGCAACUUCCGGUGGCAGCCAAAGCACUGACCUCAGUGACUUCUCAGGGGAUUUAGAUCCUGCUCCUAAUCCACCUCAUUUCCCAUCACAUGUUAUCAAAGCAACAUUUGCCUAUAUCAGCAACUGCCAUAAGACUAAGCAUAAAAGCAUUUUAGAAAUUCUUUCCAAAAGCCCUGAUUCCUAUCAGAAAAUUCUUCUAGCUAUAUGUGAACAAGCAGCUGAGACAAAUAAUGUUUAUAAAAAGCACAGAAUCCUUAAAAUAUAUCACUUGUUUGUUAGUUUAUUACUGAAAGAUAUAAAAAGUGGCUUAGGAGGAGCUUGGGCAUUUGUUCUUCGAGAUGUUAUUUAUACUUUGAUUCAUUACAUCAAUAAAAGGCCUUCUCAUUUCAUGGAUGUGUCAUUGCGUAGCUUCUCCCUUUGUUGUGACCUGUUAAGCCGGGUUUGCCGCACGGCUGUCACUUUCUGUAAGGAUGCUUUAGAAAACCAUCUUCAUGUUAUUGUUGGGACACUUCUACCCCUUGUGGGUGACCAGAUGGAGGUUCAGGAAGAGGUAUUGGACUUGUUGAAAUACUUAGUGAUUGAUAACAAGAAUAAUGAAAACCUCUAUCUCACAAUUAAACUCUUAGAUCCUUUUCCUGACCAUGCUGUCUUUAAGGAUCUGCGUAUUACUCAGCAGAAAAUCAAAUACAGUAGGGGACCUUUUACACUCUUGGAGGAAAUUAACCAUUUUCUCUCAGUGAGUGUUUAUGAUGCACUUCCAUUGACGAGGCUUGAAGGAUUAAAAGAUCUCAGAAGACAACUAGAACAACAUAAAGAUCAGAUGAUUGAUCUUAUGAGAGCAUCUCAGGAUAACCCGCAAGAUGGCAUAAUGGUGAAGUUAGUCAUCAGCUUGCUGCAGUUAUCCAAGAUGGCAGUGAACCACACUGGUGAAAGAGAAGUUUUAGAGGCUGUCGGAAGCUGCUUGGGAGAAGUGGGUCCUCUCGAUUUCUCUACCAUAGCUAUACAACAUAGUAAAGAUACAUGCUAUACCAAGGCCCUUCAAUUAUGUGAAGAUAAAGAAGUUCAGUGGACCUUCAUAAUGCUCACCUACCUUAAUAAUACACUGAUAGAAGAUUGUGUCAAAGUGCGAUCAGCUGCUGUUUCCUGUUUGAAAAGCAUUUUGGCCACAAAGACUGGACAUCGUUUCUGGGAGAUUUACAAAGUGACCUCGGAUCCCAUGCUGAUCUAUCUACAGCCUUUCAGAACAUCGAGAAAAAAGUUUUUAGAAGUACCCAGACUUGACAAAGAAAACCCUUUAGAAACUUUGGAUGAUACAAGCCUGUGGAUUCCGCAAAAUGAAAAUCAUGACUCUUGGAUAAAGACAUUGACUUGUGCUUUUCUGGACAGUGGGGGCACAAAAAGUGAAAUUCUUCAAUUCUUAAAGCCAAUGUGUGAAGUGAAAAGUGACUUUUGUCAGACUGUGCUUCCAUACUUGAUUCAUGAUGUUUUACUUCAAGAUACAGAUAAAUCAUGGAGAAAUCUGCUUUCUGCGCACAUUCAGGGAUUCUUCACCAGCUGUUUCAGACAGUCUUUACAAACAAGUAGAUCCACAACCCCUGCAAAUUUGGAUUCAGAGUCAGAGCAUGUUCCCCGAUGCUGUUUGGAUAAAAAGUCACAAAGAACAAUGCUUGCUGUUGUGGACUACAUGAGGAGACAAAAGAGACCUUUUUCAGGAACUGUCUUUGAUGAUGCUUUCUGGCUGGAGUUGAAUUAUCUAGAGGUUGCCAAGGUAGCUCAGUCUUGUGCUGCUCACUUCACGGCAUUGUUCUAUGCAGAAAUCUACGCAGAUAGGAAAAGUAUGGAUGAUCAAGAAAAAAGAAAUCUUACAUUUGAAGAAGGGAGCCAAAAUACAACUAUUUCUAGUUUGAGUGAAAAAAGUAAAGAAGAAACUGGAAUAAGUUUACAGGACCUGCUCUUAGAAAUCUACAGAAGCAUAGGAGAACCAGAUAGUCUGUAUGGCUGUGGUGGAGGAAAAAUGUUACAACCUCUCACUAGACUACGAACAUAUGAACAUGAAGCAAUGUGGGGGAAAGCCCUAGUAACAUACGACCUUGAGACAGCAAUCUCCUCAUCAGUCCGCCAGGCAGGAAUAAUUCAGGCCUUGCAGAAUUUGGGACUCCGCCAUAUUCUUUCUGUCUAUUUAAAAGGAUUAGAUCAAGAAAAUAAAGAGUGGUGUGCUGAGCUCCAGGAACUUCAUUUCCAGGCAGCAUGGAGGAACAUGCAGUGGGAUGACUGCAUUUCUGUCAACAAUAAAACAGAAGGAAUCAGUUACCAUGAAUCUCUGUAUAAUGCUCUGCAAUCUCUGAGAGAUAAAGAAUUCUCCACAUUUCAUGAAACACUCAAAUAUGCCAGGGUAAAGGAAGUGGAAGAGUUGUGUAAGGGUAGUCUUGAGUCUGUGUAUUCCCUCUACCCCACACUUAGUAGAUUGCAGGCCAUUGGCGAGCUUGAAAACAUCGGGGACCUUUUCUCAAGAUCAGUCACAGGUAGACAGCCUUCUGAGGUGUACAUGAAGUGGCGGAAACACUCCCAGCUUCUUAAAGACAGUGAUUUCAGUUUUCAGGAGCCUAUCAUGGCUCUACGCACAGUCAUUUUGGAGAUGUUGAUGGAAAAAGAAAUGGCGCACUCCCAAAGAGAAUGUCUUAAAGACAUUCUCACCAAGCACCUUGUAGAGCUCUCUGUACUAGCCCGGACUUUCAAGAACAUACAGCUACCUGAAAGGGCGAUAUUUCAAAUUAAACAGUAUAAUUCAGCCAGUCAUGGAGUCUCUGAGUGGCAACUAGAGGAAGCACAAGUAUUCUGGGCAAAAAAGGAGCAGAGUCUUGCCCUGAAUAUUCUCAAACAAAUGAUCAAGAAGUUGGAUGCUUGCUGUACAGAGAAUGAUCCCAACCUAAGGCUUAUAUACACAGAGUGUCUGAGAGUUUGUGGUAACUGGUUGGCAGAAACUUGCUUAGAAAAUCCUACAGUUAUCAUGCAGACCUAUCUAGAAAAGGCAGUGGAAGUUGCUGGAAAUUAUGAUGGAGAAAACAAUGAUGAGCUCAGAAAUGGAAAAAUGAAGGCAUUUCUGUCAUUAGCACGGUUCUCAGACACUCAGUACCAGAGAAUCGAAAACUACAUGAAAUCAUCAGAAUUUGAAAACAAGCAAGCUCUCCUAAAAAGGGCCAAAGAGGAAGUGGGCCUUCUUAGGGAACAUAAAAUUCAGACCAACAGAUACACAGUAAAGGUGCAGCGAGAGCUAGAGCUGGAUGAAUGUGCCCUCCGAGCACUGAAAGAGGAUCGUAAACGUUUCUUAUGUAAAGCAGUUGAAAAUUACAUCAAUUGCUUGUUAAGUGGAGAAGAACAUGAUAUGUGGAUAUUUCGUCUUUGUUCUCUCUGGCUUGAAAAUUCUGGUGUUUCUGAAGUCAAUGGCAUGAUGAAGAGAGAUGGAAUGAAGAUUCCAUCAUACAAAUUUUUGCCUCUGAUGUACCAACUGGCUGCUAGAAUGGGGACCAAGAUGAUGGGAGGCCUAGGAUUUCAUGAAGUCCUCAAUAAUCUCAUCUCUAGAAUUUCAAUGGAUCACCCCCAUCAUACUUUGUUUAUUAUACUGGCCUUAGCAAAUGCAAACAAAGAUGAAUUUCUGACUAAACCAGAGGCAGCAAGAAGGAUUAGAAUAACUAAAAAUGCACCUAAACAAAGCUCUCAGCUGGAUGAGGAUCGAACAGAGGCUGCAAACAAAAUAAUACAAACUAUCAGAAGUAGGAGACCUCAAAUGGUCAAAAGUGUAGAGGCUCUUUGUGAUGCUUAUAUUAUAUUAGCAAACCUAGAUGCUACUCAGUGGAAGAUGCAGAGAAAAGGUAUUACUAUUCCAGCAGACCAGCCAAUUACUAAACUUAGGAAUUUAGAAGAUGUUAUUGUCCCUACUAUGGAUAUUAAGGUGGACCCCACAGGAGAAUAUGGAAACCUGGUGACUAUACAGUCAUUUAAAGGAGAAUUUCGUUUAGCAGGAGGUUUAAAUUUACCAAAAAUAAUUGACUGUUUAGGCUCUGAUGGCAAGGAGAGGCGGCAGCUUGUCAAGGGCCGUGAUGAUCUGAGACAAGAUGCCGUCAUGCAGCAGGUUUUCCAGAUGUGUAAUACCUUACUGCAGAGAAACACCGAAACCAGGAAGAGGAAAUUGACUAUCUGCACAUAUAAGGUGGUUCCUCUGUCUCAGCGAAGUGGCGUUCUCGAGUGGUGCACAGGAACGGUCCCUAUUGGUGAAUUUCUUGUUAACAAUGAGGAUGGUGCCCACAAAAGAUACAGGCCAAACGAUUUCAGUGCUUACCAAUGCCAAAAGAAGAUGAUGGAUGUACAAAAGAGAUCUUUUGAAGAGAAACAUGAAAUCUUCAUGAAUAUUUGCCAAAAUUUUAAACCAGUUUUCCGUUACUUCUUUAUGGAAAAAUUCUUGGACCCGGCUGUUUGGUUUGAGAAACGACUGGCUUACACUCGCAGUGUGGCUACUUCUUCAAUUGUUGGCUACAUACUUGGACUUGGUGAUAGACAUGUGCAGAAUAUUUUGAUUAAUGAGCAGUCAGCGGAACUUGUACAUAUAGAUUUAGGAGUUGCUUUUGAACAGGGUAAAAUCCUUCCUACUCCUGAGACAGUCCCUUUUAGACUCACCAGAGAUAUUGUGGAUGGGAUGGGUAUUACUGGUGUUGAAGGUGUUUUCAGAAGAUGCUGUGAGAAAACCAUGGAAGUUAUGAGAAACUCUCAGGAAACUUUGUUAACCAUUGUAGAGGUCCUCCUGUAUGAUCCUCUCUUUGAUUGGACCAUGAAUCCUUUGAAAGCUUUAUAUUUACAGCAGAGGCCAGAAGAUGAAACUGAGCUCCACUCGACCCCCAGUGCAGAUGACCCAGAAUGCAAAGGCAAUCUCAGUGGUAUCGACCAGAGUUUCAACAAAGUGGCUGAACGUGUCUUGAUGAGACUGCAAGAGAAACUGAAGGGAGUGGAGGAAGGAACUGUGCUCAGUGUGGGUGGACAGGUGAAUUUGCUCAUACAACAGGCCAUGGACCCCAAAAAUCUCAGCCGACUCUUCCCAGGAUGGAAGGCUUGGGUGUGAGCUUCAGCAUAUGAAUUACCCUUGAAUUCAACAUUUAGAAAUUCUAUUUUGGCUUUCAUCUUUAACUCACCCAUAGGCUUGGAAAUGUAUUACUAUAUAAUUACUGGUUGUAUUUUUAAAAAAUGUUUAAUACUUGCUUUGAUAGUCUCAAAAAUAGCUCCUCUCUCACAUUUCAAAAAUACUGUCUUUAAUGCUCUAUGUCUAGGCUAAAUAUUUUUUUCUCCUCAAGUCUACACUUGUACCAUUUUCAGUUGAACCACUGACUUGAUGCAUUAGUUGGAAAUGGAAGCGACAGGAGUGCAGGACACCACUGGCAGCCUUUCCUUCAGGGUGAACAAAUAAAUAUACCAUUAGUCUUGAGGUGGCUUUUUUAACUUAAACUUACUUGCCACAUCAUAAAGUGAUAAAUUAUUUGAUAUUAACAUGUAAAAGGGAGAAAUGAGCUUCAAAAAUUAUUAUAUAGAUACGUUAUCUGUAGUAAAGCUACAUUAAAAAAUAAGUGUUAAAAACAAAGUAGUAUUUUAGAAAUGUAAUUUUCAAUAACAAGAUCAUCCAAUGUUAUUGAAUAAUAAAGUUGUUACAGAGAACAAAUUUCAAAGACACAGUAUGGUUAUAAUUUUUUAAAUGUAUAUUGAAAUUACUCGUUUCUUUUAAGCCCUUCCGUAUUUUCAUUUAUGUUGUUUUUCUGUGAUGCCCUUAGUUCAUUAAUAUUCUCAUCAAUUUUAUGAUCUAUUUAUUGAGUUUCUCCUUUCAAAAACUUUUCAUGUCUAGCUAUGUUUCACUCUCCAAAUCUGCCUGUUAUAUAUGUUUUAUGGUGUCUAAUUCUUUAACUUUUCGUUUCACGUCUAAACAUUUUAAACAUCCCUGUAGUCUCUUUAAUGGUUCUAUUAAAUCAAGUUCUGUUUAUCUAUGUAUUCUGUCACUGUGAAAAGUGAGUUUAUUUCAAGAGGAAUCUUGAGUACCAGGAUUAAUAAUAAUUCCUCCCAAAUAAGUUUUGGUUCCGGUGUUGUCAAAGUCCCGGGCCUAUCAACUGACAGAAGACUAUUCUCAUUUUAAUGUUUUGGCAUUAGGAUUUCCAAACCUCAAGAAUAGUAUAAAUUACCGCAACCAACUCCUAGGCCAAGAGAGACAUACUUCUUCAUUAUUUCUUAUGCUAGUGGGCAGCAUGUUGGAGUGACUCCCCUUUCCUGAAGGUAUGAGGUUCCAUGUAACAUCCCCCACCUCUUUGUGGUAAGUGUGAGGAGAGGCACUUUAAAUUCCUAUCCUCUGCCUUUUGCAAGUUCAAAGUUUCAUGAGUCCCCUACUAGUGGUUAAAGCUGAAACUUAGGUUAAUAAGAUUGGCACAUUCUGUCAGGACAGCUAGAAUACCAGCUCAUAUUUGCCCCUUUGAUUUUCAGUUCUUUUUUGACCCUUACUUUCUUUUAAGUUCUGUGAAUUUAAAGAUCGUUUCUUGCAUCUCACCUAGCAUUUGUGUUGUGUUGGAGGGGAAGAGUUUGUUACAGAGUUUGAUAGGUAGCAGGGAAGCAAUGCUUUUCUAUCCUAUUGGUAAAUAUAUUUCCCACUUUUUUCUUAUGAAGAAAAUUGUGAAGGGUUUUUUGUUUUUCUUCUUACAGCUGGUGGCAAACACUCACUCAGAUCUAAUUUCCCCACUUAUGUCUCCCUCAAAAGAUAAUCUCCAGGGCCUCCCUGGUGGCGCAGCGGUUGAGUGUUAGGUUGUGAAGCUGCCUGCAGCCUCUGCAGUGCCAGUUCGAUCCCCGGCUGCUCCCUGGCCACCAGAGGAGGGUCCCACAUGGCGUGCAGACCUCUCCUGCCGCCCGCUGCUCCCCUCAGCAGUGUACUUCAGUCUGCCUGCUCUGCUCCCCGCUCUGGCUCUGGUGAAUUCUCUCACCCUCCUGCGCUUCGGACUGUACCCAGUACUUGUAUGAAUAAAUAAAUAAAUCUUUAAAAAAAAAAAAAAGAAAAAGAAAAAGAUAAUCUCCAGAACUUUUUGGACUGUAAAUUUCUUGGUUUGGUUUUUGGAGAAUUGUUCUUAAAAUUAAUUUGCAUUUCAAAUGCAAAUUUUAUAUAUCACUUAGCUGCCUAAAUGAAAUGUUUAUUAUCUGUUGCUAGUUUUAUUACUUUAUUGAGUUAAAAGACUGUAAUAAACUUAGACUGUCUUUAAGUAAAGCCUUGAAAUCUUCAUAGAUGGAGUAAGAAGUAAAACAAUAGUAUAAGUGAGUGAAUUUGUAAGUAAUUAUUUUUGGCUUGUAUAUCCAAAGAGUAUUGAAUAUUAUUACUAAUAUAUUCUUAACCUUGAAUGGUAUACCAUAAGGCUGCUUUCCUAUUCAAAUAUUCUUACUAAUGGCUUUGUAAAAUUUAACAAAUUUGCAGAUGACAAACCUAGGAAGAAGAGCUAAUUCACAGGUAAAAUUGUCUAGAACACUAUCUAGAAAUGAAUAGGAUAGACAUUUGUCAGAAUUGGUUAGAUUUUUAAAACAUCAAUCAUAGAAUAUUUGUGUAUUCUGAAGACCACAAACCUAUAUAACAUCUCUAAUCUUUGCAAGAUUAGUAAUGUUAUCCCAGUUUAAAAUGGAGAAAGUGAUGUUUACAAAAUAAGUUAAUUUUUCCAAGGCCACAAUAUAGUAAGUUGAAAGUACAACUUGAAUCUGGAUCAUCUCUAACUUGAAAAAAAUUUAAAGUAAAAGAACGUAGGGUUCAUGAGUCUGCUCACAAGGUGAAGUGGAAACUAAGAAGCUACUAGAAAAACUACUAAAUGAACUAUUGAGCAGUUAUGUACAGAUUAAAGGAGAUAAUAGUUCUUCCAUCAUUCUCUGUGUUGGUCAUACCAUUUCAAAGUAUCUCUGAUCAGGGGGUACAUAAAUGAGUAGUUAUUAAAGUACAUGCACUUAGAAAUGCUAGACUUAGACACAUGGUUUAAAGCAAGUAAAAGCAAAGAGGAACAAUGGACUUCUUAAGGAUUAAAGUAGGCUGGUCUUUUAAAUUACAAAGUCAAUAUAUUGGCUUGAAUUAAGAGAUAUGUGCCAUUUCAGGUAUUUUAAUUAUACCAUAAUGAAAUUAGAUGUUUUAUGUAGAUUUACUUCAAUACUAUUGAAUGUAUUUCUUUAUUAUACUGUUAUCAGAGUCCUGUUACACUAUAACUAUUUUUGAAUAAAUCAU